AUGGUCUGGAUAUUGGAGAAUAUAACAUGUGAUCUCUGUCUGUCAGUUCAUGUCAGUGAUGUUGGGGAGACUUCAGAGAACAGAGAACCUUCCUCCUUUCAGACUCAGCCUCCUCUUCCUCACACUGAAGAUGAGACUGUUCCGGUACCAGAACCACGUCCCAUCAGAUAUUACCAACAGAAGCUUCAAUCAAACUUCCAGGACACGUUUAAGGUUACAACAGAGGGGUGGGAAGAAGAUGAGCAGCUUCUGGUUGAUAUCUACACAGAGCUGUACAUCACAGCUGGCCGGGACGUGCACGUCAACACACAGCAUGAGGUCCUACAGAUUGACAAGGUGUGGAAGCCAUCAGACACAGAGACACAGAUCCAACCCAGAGACAUUUUCAAGCAUCCCUCUGGAAAAGACAUACCCAUCAGAACAGUGCUGACCAAUGGGAUUGCAGGGAUUGGAAAAACAUUCCUCGUGCACAAGUUUGUGUUGGACUGGGCCGAAGAAAGAACCAAUCAAGACGUGCAUCUUAUUUUCCCGUUCACUUUCCGUGCCCUGAAUUCACUGCAGGGAAAAGAGUUUGGUUUGGCAGAGCUCAUUCAUGACUGUAUCCAUGAAACUAAAGACAUCACAGUGGAGGCUCUGAAUUACAUCUUUACAGCUCUGCAGUCAUCAGGAACCAGCAGCUACAAGAAGAGCAGAUUCAAACUGCUGUUUGUGUUUGAUGGACUGGACGAGAAUCGCCUUCAUCUGGACUUUGAUGUCAACAACAUUCCCUCCGUGGACGUAACAAAGUCAACUAAAAUAGAAGUCCUGCUGAGCGGACUAAUCAGUGGAAAACUGUUGCGCUCAGCUCGCCUCUGGAUAACCACACGACCUGCAGCAGCCAAUCAGAUCCCUCAAAACCUCGUCAACACUACAACAGAGGUCAGAGGGUUCACCGACCCACAGAAGGAGGAGUACUUCAGGAAGAGAUCCAGAGAUGAGGAGGAGGCCAGCAGCAUCAUCUCCCACAUGAAGAAGUCACGAAGCCUCCACAUCAUGUGCCACAUCCCAGUGUUCUGCUGGAUCACUGCUACAGUUCUGGAGGAGCUGCUGAGAACCAGAGAGGGAGGAGAUCUGCCCAGAACCCUGACUGAGAUGUACAUAGAGUUUCUAAGAUUUCAGAUUGAUCACACACAAAAAAAGUACGGUCUAGAGAAGUGCAUUCAGUACAUUAAAUCAUUAGCUAAACUGGCUUUUGAACAGCUGCAAAAGGGCAACCUGAUCUUCUAUGAGAAAGAUCUGAGAGACAGUGGCAUCGAUGUGAGUGAAGCCUCAGUGUACUCAGGAGUGUUCACAGAGAUCUUCAAAGAAGAGCGAAGACGGAAAAAGAAAGACAAGAUGUUCAGCUUCGUCCAUCUGAGUGUUCAGGAGUUUCUGGCUGCUCUUCAUGUCCAUCUGACCUUCAUCAACACUGGAAUCAACCUGCUGGAAGAAGAACGAACAACCUUCAAGAAGCUGAAAGUAUUUCUGAAGAAACCUGAACUAAAACAUCUCCACCAGAGAGCCUUGGACGAGGCCUUACAGAGUCCAAACGGACACCUGGACUUGUUCCUGCGCUUCCUCCUGGGUCUGUCACUGCCGACCAAUCAGAAUCUCCUACCAGGCCUACUGACGCAGACAACAAGCAGCUCACAGAUCAAUCAGAAAACAGUCAAGUACAUCAAGAAGAAGAUCAGUGAGAAUGUGUCUGUAGAGAGAAGCAUCAAUCUGUUCCACUGUCUGAAUGAACUGAAGGAUGUUUCUCUAGAGGAGGAGAUCCAACAGUCCCUGAGAUCAGGACGUCUGUCCACAGAUGAACUGUCUCCUGCUCAGUGGUCAGCUCUGGUCUUCAUCUUACUGUCAUCAGGAGAAGAUCUGGAUGUGUUUGACCUGAAGAAAUACUCUGCUUCAGAGGAGGCUCUUCUGAGGCUGCUGCCAGUGGUCAAAGCCUCCAAGAAAGUUGUGUAAGUAGUUGGAGACUGAAGAUACUUUUUCAUUGUGCUGCUGUUUCAUCAGUUUAAUCUGCUUUUCGUCUCUUCAGACUGAGUGGCUGUAAUCUGUCAGAGAGAAGCUGUGGAGCUCUGUCCUCAGUCCUCAGCUCCCAGUCCUCCAGUGUGACAGAGCUGGACCUGACUAACAACAACCUGCAGGAUUCAGGAGUGGAGAGUCUUUCUGCUGGACUGGAGAGUCCACACUGUAAACUGGAAGCUCUCAGGUCAGGACUCAUCAACCUGUUCAACUGAUGACCAUUUAAAAUGUGUUUUUAUUUAUGAUGAGCAGAACAGCUGAGGUGGGAGGUUUUCUGUAUUUGUAUGACUCAGAUCAGUUGUGUUACUGACCUUUAGCACUAGUUUCUCUUAAUGAGGCCUCUUCCACUACAGGAACUGAACAACCUGGAACCUGCAUCACAGAACCAGAACCUGUAAGAAUCUGUGAAGUCUUGGUUCCAGGUUCUGUUUUAGUUUCCACUGUUUUACAAAUAGAAUGUUUCAGACAGGUGUUGAUCAAAACGAAACACCAGAACAAACAUUUCAUGUUCACACUUGAACUUGUUUUAUGGCUCUACUCCAGGUUGUUUUCUCCUGACUAGAUCCUUGCUUGUGUUCUUUCUACUCUCAGAUGUUCAUCGAUUUAGACAAAAGCGUUUGAUAAAUGAAACUGUAGUAUGUUCAUUUUAUUCAAUGAAUGAACUCAGUGCAGUUCAGCUGGUGGACAGUUGGACUGUUGUUUACAUUCUCAUUUGAGGUUCAGGUCCAAUUCCUUUUCAGCACUGGAGCCCAAAAAGCCACUGAAGCAGUGUUGCCUUCUGUCUCCACUGAGAUUAAAGAGAUCCUCAGUUCAAACCAUCUUAAUCUACUCUUAUGGUCUAGAGAGAUUUGGGGUGAUUGCUGAAAGCAGAGGUGAGAGGGUCCAGAUAGGAAGGUCUAGGUGUCAAAGAGAAAUAGACAGACUGGUAAAGGAAAGGAGGCAGUUAAGGAAGCAGUGGAGGAAGGCAUCAGAAGAAGAAAGGGAGGAAAUUAAUGUGUUGCAGGAGGAACCAAGAAGCAGGUUAGCAGUACUCAGAAGGGCAGAACACCUUAGGGAGAAGAGAAAGAACAAUGAAUGUGCAAUGAAUGUUAUCAUUUUUUAGGAACCCUUUUAGGUUUGUGAAGGGCAUGUUCAAUCAGGAAGAAGGAGGGCAGCUUAAGGCAGCAAAGUCAGAGGUUGAAGAGUAUUUGAGGUUGACGUAUUCCAAUUCAGAGGACAAUAGGAACAUAGGUCUUGGGAGGCCAAAAAAGGAGGAGACUGGCGAUGGCACUGGCUGUUCAGGGUCUCAGAGAAAAAGAAUUAGGUGAACAAAAAUCUGCUAAACAUUGUCCUUGGAUUGGCCAGACAUGUGACUGUCGUAGCAAGGAACUAUGCCUUAUUUGAGGACAAAGAAAUCAGUAGGUGGAGCUUAUUUAAAAAUAUGCUCAAGUCACACAUCAGAAUAUUUCAGGAUGAAAGUGACUUUGAAGAGGUGUUUAUGAACCAUGCAAAGCUUUUGCUUCAUGGGGAGGGGAACAAAAUUGUCUUUCAGUUUUAAAGAGAGUAUGUUAAAAAAGGGAAUCAUGGUUUUUUUUGACUGUGUUUUUAUUUUUGAUUUAUGGGUUUUUGUUUGUGUAUAGAAGACAAUUUUAAAAGUCAAAUGAGUUACUUUGUAAGGGAACCUUGGUUUUUUUUUUGAGGGGUGGGG